AUGUUUUCUUCGAUUUACAUGACAUUACUGUUUCUCAAGACUGGACUUUUCUCUCUUUCUCUCCUCCAGCUCUCUCUCUCUUUCUCUCCUCCAGCUCUCUCUCUCUUUCUCUCCUCCAGCUCUCUCUCUCUUUCUCUCCUCCAGCGCUCUCUCUCUCUCUCUCUCUUUCUCUCCUCCAGCUCUCUUUCUCUCCUCCAGCUCUCUCUCUCUCUCUCUCUCUCUCCUCCAGCUCUCUCUCUCCUCUUAUUACACCCAUCUGCCUAUUUAUCUGGACUUGUCACUUCACCUUGUCUUUGUUUUUCCACCUCCCCCCUCCUCUUUCUUUCUAUCUCCAGCGCUGCUGCUGCUGCUUCUGUCAUAGCUGCCGCCCUUCCUUGCCCCCCUCCCUCUAUCCGCCACAUCAGAGCAUGUUCACCUGACCCACCUUUUAACUGUCAGUCGCAAAUAAAUGCACUUUCUCUGGUAUUUGGCACGAUACUUCCUUGCCGUUCCGUUGCCGUGGCUUUUUUUUCCUUCUUCUUUGUGGGUUGUUUUUAA